AUGACUUGGACGGAAACUCGGGAGGCUUCGGAGAAAAAACUGAAGGCGGGCUUAGCCCAACGUCUGAAGGAGGAUUUGGCGGACCCGGUGGAGGUUUACAUGACAGAGAAGCUGGAGAUCAUGGAAGCGGUUACGUUGGUAACUCUGGAGGUGGGUUUUGUUUAUUAUACUUAUUAUAUGUUAUUGUGUAAAGUUUACUUUUAAUUUAUUGAUAAAGUUUAGUGUUGUUUUAACCAUGUUAAGUUUUAGGCGGCUUUGAAGGAAAUGAUGAUGGAAGAUUCGGCAGACGCGGUGGAAGUUUCGGUGGUAACUCCGGAGGCGAAGAAGGAUUCGGCGGACGCAGUGAUCAAGGAAACAGGAAGCAGCCGCCAUUAUGGAGCUUUUGAAUAA